ACAGAAGCUCGACGCUACACUCGGAUUCCGCAACGUGAAAAGGAUCGGAUCACGGGUGUGCCAGUUCCGUCGUCGGGGCUGGUGAGUUUCCAGAUCGGUGAAUCUGCUGGUCCUGAGGGGAACACGAUGGGAGCAUCGCCUUCACUGUCUGCCAGGGAAGCUCGCAGUCUUUCCGACUCGACCGGCUUUUCUUCAGAGCAAAUUGAAAUUCUCCAUAGAAGGUUCUUACACCUAUCUGAUGGGAAGCCUACACUGAGCAAAAGUAGCUUUGAUAGCAUUCAGGAUUUGGACAAUAAUCCCAUUAAGUCAAGAAUCGUCAAUGCAUUUUUUGAUGGGAGAAACCUGGGUUUACCAUCAAAAUCAGUUGAUGAAAUCACAUUUGAAAACUUUCUGACCACGUUAUCAUAUUUCCAACAUAUGGAUGAGGAUCAUCCAAAGGAGGACUUGGAACACUGCAAAACAAAAAAAUUGAAAUUUUUAUUUCACAUGUAUGACACUGAUAGAGAUGGAAAACUCACCUUGGAAGAAUUAAGAGAGAUUGUAAAAGAACUAUUAUCCAAGAAACCUUCGACGGAGAAAACUUCCAUAUCAAUUGCAGAUGCUGCAAUGUUGGAGGCUGCAAACAUCUGUAAAGGACAAAUGGAACCUGAUGAACGGUAUGAGGAAAUAACCUUUCAGGACUUCCUUCAGAUAAUGCAGGACCUCAAGAUAGAAUCCAAAAUGCACGUGCGUUUUCUACAGUUGGAUACAACAGCCUUGUGCAAAUAGUAAAAGAUUCAGCGAAGAACAGCCCACAAAAAAAAACUGGAUGGUGAAUGGGAUAAUGCAGUACAAUUCCAAAGUGACUCUACUGAUCUUCAAUUUCUGUAACUAAGUUUUUGUAUUUUUAAUCCUUGGAGGAAGUUCUUUUUACUUUUUUUUUCCAAAUUUAGAAAUAAUGCAGCUCCUUCUUGAAUCAGCACUAUUUCGGAGUUCUUUUUCUUCCCUUAUAUCAGUCAAUUAUAUAGUAAAAGCUACACAGCACAAUUUUAAUUAGUUCUCAGGCAUCUUCUGAGGAUCCAAUCGGAUGAGGCCAAUUUAAAGUUCCAAAGCUCAAGAAAUAUAGUGAUUUUCCUCGUAAUGAAAAUUAUCUAUUUCCUAACAUAAUUGACAGGUUACCAUUCAGUUUAAUGAGCAGAUGAAAUUUUCCAACAAGUUUAUAAACUAAACCCAUGCCAGCCAAUACAAAAGCAAAACUCCUUUUUUCAAUGUUUUCUGGGUAUUACUGUAAAUUCAUUUCAACACAAGCUUUAUAGGAAUUGGUGAAUUACCAAAAUGCUGAUUAAAACUAUUCAUUUCUUAUACAAUAAAGAAUGUUUUGUAAACACAAAAUAAUCUGCAGAUGCUAGGGUCAAAGCAACACUCACAACACGCUGGAGGAACUCAGCAGGUCGGACAACAUCCGUGGAAAAGAUCAGUCGACGUUUCAGGCCGGAAUCCUUCAUCAGGACUGUAGAGGGAAGGGGCAGAGGCCCUAUCAUAGGUGCCGGCCCGAAACGUCGACUGAUCUUUUCCACAGAUGCUGCCCGACCUGCUGAGUUCCUCCAGCGUGAAAGAAUGUUUUGUUGGGCCUGCCCUUUACUACCUCUUCUAAAAAUCGAACCUGAACUAUGCUUUCCCUAGUCUCUUAUCUUCAAUGAACAAAAUCAGAAUCAGGUUUAAUAUCACCAGCAUAUGUUGUGAAAUUUGUGUUAUCCGGCAGCAGUACAUUGCAAUACAUAAUAAUAAAAACUGUGAAUUACUAUACAAAUUAAAUAGUUAAAAGAGUAGUGCAAAAAAAAAAGCAGUGAGAUAGUUUUCACGUGUUCAGUGUGCAUUCAGAAAUUGGACAGCAGAGGAGAAGAAGCUGUUCAUGAAUUGUGAAGUGUGUGCCUUUGGGUUCCUGUACCUCCUCCCUGAUGGUAGCAAUGAGAAGAGGGCAUGCCCUGAGUGAUGGGGGUCCUUAAUAAUGGAUGCCACCUUUUUGAAGCAUCGCUCACUUCAGUUGCAUGCACCAUGUUCUUAUGUAUGAUUUUAUUUAAACGUUUCAUCCUCUAUAGAUUUUCUUCUAGUCUCAAGGGCAUGCAACUACCUCCUGAAGGUCUCUGUUUUUCACCCUUACUACUGAUUCCCAGGACUUUGAUCAGUACUUGUGCCUUCAGAAACUACUUUGUGAACCAAGAGCAAUAUUGUAUCACCACUACACUAUUAAAACAAUUUGUACUUGUAUGUUUUAUUGUAUUCAUGCUGCUUUAAUUAAUAAUUAGACUGUCAAUGAAUAUUAUUAAAGAAAUGCUAAUAAUUCCACCUUAGAAUUAAGACAGUAUUGACUGCAUUUUCUGGCUGCUAAUCACAAACUUCUGCUUUUCACAAGGUGUGCAUUGUUGGCAAAGCCUUUGCCAAACAGCUUGAAAAUGUAGCAGAGAGCUGUCUUCAUAAGAUGUAGUCUUUCUGGAGGAGGUUCUUUCUUUGUAAUGUGCAAAGUUUUGCAGAGGUUAGGUACAGAUCAGUGAUAUUUAGCCAAGGCAAGUUUUUUUGUCUUCAAAACCCAUAAGACCCAGGAGCAGAAUUAGACCAUUCGGCCCAUCACGUCUGCUC